AGUGACCGUUCACAAGCAAAGUGUUUGCUAAGCGCUCAGAUUUUUUCCUCCCAAAAUCAAUUCAAAAUGUGCAUUUUCUUGUAAUAAAAUUGAAAAUAAACAAAAUAAAAGUGAAUGCUUCAUUUAAAAAGAAAUUUUAAACGAUUUCCUUUCGAAUUCAACUAAACAAAAGUGUUUUCAGUUUGGUGGUAUACACCAUCUCGGAUAGAAAAAAAAAUACUUCUAAAACUUGGAAAAACAAUUAAAACUGUUUUUUUUUUCUUUUUCAUUCUCUUUAAGUGCAUUUUUCCAUUCUCCCCUUUCUGUGCUUGUAUAAAAACAAAGAGAAAUAUUCACCAAAUACAAAUGCAUUUUUAGGCACAUCUACAACAUAAACAGCGCACAAGUGCGCUAGACAAGGACGACACUUGCACCGGAUGGUUCGCAUAGUACUGUUGUAUGUACUUACUUAUUGUAUGUGCAUCUUUUUAAUCGAAAUCUAGUGAAUCUGAAUAAUUUGCCUCGCCACCGCUGCUACUUCGGCAGCAAAUUAUAAAUUCGCUAAACAAUUUUUGUGAAUUUUUGUGCUUUUUUAAAUACGCACAAGACGUAUCUACUCUUUUCUUGUAUUGUUUUAUUUCGUGAAUGAGAUCAUCUUAAAAAUUUAUAUAGCCUGCCUCCUGUGUUAUCAUUCCACAAAAAAUGCAAUUUAAAAACGGUUUUUUGUGUGACUAUCGGUGCGAAUGACAAGGGAAAACCUUGAGAAAGCUUGUGAGACGCGUUUCUCGUCCCAUCAAUUACAAUAACAACAACAACAACGUUAUUAAAUCUCAAAUCUCAUUUGUAUGCCUAUUUUCUUUCUCGCAACAUCGAGAUACAAUCCGAGGUUAUUUCUUUUCUUGGUUUUCUUUCUUCGUUUGUCUAAAUAGUGUUUUUUUUUUCUUGUUGAGUAUAUUUUGUUCAAAUGGUGGUUUCCUACACAUUUUUUAGUGAAGUAUCGUCUCAUGCAAGACAGAAAUUUCACAAAACAUGAAAAUUUAACUCCAGUGAUUACAAUUCUGAUUAAAAAAAAUAUAUAAAUUGAAUUCUGUAGGUAUACAGUUAAAAUUCCAAUAAGAUUAUUGUGAAUGGUGCGUUUGGUUUAUACACCAAAAUAGUUAUGUGCGAAUUUCUGUAAAUUGAUUAUUAUGUGAACGCAUAAACGGUGUUAUCAUAAUGGCGAAAAUGCCAUUUAAAAAAAUGGGGAAAUAUCUCUUUUCUUAUCUGAAAGGAUAAUACCUAAAUAAUUCUAAAGAAAAAACAACGAUAAGGAAUAAACAAAAUAAAUUACAAAAUUGGAUAAAACAAAGAAUCAAAAUACAAAAACUCAAAAAGAAUGGGUGCUAAAAAGCGAAAUACCGCAGUCGAUCGACAACCACGUUCAACAAAUGCUAAAACACGCUUAACAUCAAAUAAAACUGCUACCGCAGCAUCUACAACUACAAAUAAGCCACAAAAAGCAUCUGCCAAGGCAGCUCUGAAAAAAUCUCUUCCAAUAAAAAAAAGAAUCUCAAAAGAAAAACCUGCAACUGAAGAAUCUGUCCAAGACAUUAAACCAAGAUCAACAUCAAAAUCUAAAAAAAUCGAGAGCGAACCUUGCACGUCAUCGUCUACAGAAGUCGCAACUGAGAAAAAGCUACCCGAAUCAAAUACCGAAGCCGAAGCUGAUACAAAGCUCACCCCUAAAGAUGGCAAAACCAAAGCCAUUAGCAAAAUGUUAAAGAGCUUAGAUAUACAGAUCAGUGGCUUCGCCAACAUUCUUCCUCCAGAAGAAAAGAUUAUUGAAGUUCUUAAAUCCUCCAUAUCCGAGAAUGUUAAGACAAAGUCACGAGCUACAGCGGUUAAAGGAAACAAUAACAGUCCAAACAAUAAAUUUUCACUCAAAAAAGAGCAUGUGGAGAAAAAGGCUUCUCAUUCUUCUUCAAGCUCUAAUUCGCCAAAUGUAUCUAUCGAGCAGGAUAGCAAAGAUGGAGCAUGUAAAAAAGAAGCCUCUAUUGCUUCCAUGAAUGAAACUGCAACAUUAAAUGAAGAUAAACCUAAAGAAACUAUCGAGGAGUCAGAAGAGCCAAUAAUACAAACAAAGAAGAAAAUGGCAGCAAAAAAAGCUAAACUUGAAGCGAGUCGAAAUAAGAAGAAACAAGACGAAAUUAAAGAAGAUGAAAAGUUGAAUCCUCCUCAAGAAUACUCUAAGGUGCUAAACAAAGAGGAGGGAAGUUCAGAAACACAAAAGGAUAAGGAUGAAAAAAAGAAGCACUUAAAGCCAAAAGGUAGUCAGAUAGCUACCGCAGAAGAGAACUCAGAAGACGGAAAGGGCCAAACCGUACACGAUUUAAACAAACAGAAAGGGACAACAAAUUAUGAGAAAGAGUCGUCAGAAAAAACUAAUGUUGAAGAAAGUCAAUGCAAAAAGAAACUUGUUAAAACUCCAGCAAUAUUGGAUGAAGUUUCAGAUAAAGUAACAACAGAGCAAGCAAAAGAUGAAGUUGAGCCAAGCAAGAGCAAAUAUACGAAAACUGUCAAAGAAAAAGAUAGAGACAGUUCAGCACAAAGAAAACAAGAAGAAUCUAAUGUGAAAAAGAAGCAAACGAAACCUACAAAAGCAUCUCAACAGGCAACAGAGAAAGAAAUUUCCGAACAAAAGAAAGAUGCUGAAGUCUCAGAAAGGAAAAAGCCUGUUAAAACAUUGAAAACUAUUGAUAAAGAUGGCUUCGAAGAACCAAAAGAAGAACCAGAACAGAGCAAGAAAAAACAAUCAAAAUCUAUUAAAGCCACUCAAAGUUCCGAAAUUGAAAAGGAAUCAAUUGUUACUGGUUCGGAAGUUACUAAAAAAACAUUAUCUUCACCAAAAAAAUCAAUUAUUAUCAAGGGAAAGUGCAAUGAAGACUAUAAUAAAGUGUGCAAAAUAUUAACAGUUUCUGAAGUUUCAUCAAAUUUAAUGGAAGAAUCAAAGUUAAAUGCAGAAGAACCUGACGAUUCAUGUUCGAAAGAAGCGCCUAAAAAAGCUAAAUCACUUACAAUUCGUCAACGCUUGCAAAACAAAUAUAAAAUGUCUCCAGUUAAGAGCAAAUCUUCAGGCAAGCCCCCUAAAAAAUGUGAAACAAAGGGUUCACCCAAAAAGGCGCCAACCACAAAAACUUCAGAGGAACAAAAAACUAACGAUAUCUACGAUUUCAAGUCUGGCUCGGAAAGCGAGGAAAAUAUAAAAAUGGAAUUGCCAACACUUAAAAAACUUCGAGAAUUUUCUGAUGAUGAUGACAAACCCCUGCAGGUGGCCAAAAAGAAAUUGAAAGAAGAAGAUAAAAUUCCCGAAAAAAUUGCAGAAAAACCAGAGCCAAACACAGAAACUAAAAUAGAGAAGAGUAAUGUUAAAACGCCCGCCAAAAGUGCAGCUGCCGAAAAGAAGCCUGCAGCCAAAGCGGGUCGAAAACCUGUGGCAAAAGUUAAGCGGCCACCAACCGAAUCAAGUGCUGACGAAAAAUCUAGCACGCCUACGGACUCUGAAGAUGAACAGAAGUUGAGUACGUUUGGCCAAAAACGACAUCGUAUGGCGUCUUUGAAUGCAGCUGCAAAGGUGCAAUGUCUGUACGAAAACGAAUCUCGAACAGCAUACGAAUUAGGUUUAUCCAAAACGGUACAAGUCAUUCCUAAAAUUCGUAAUAUUAACUCGGGUAGUAGUUCUGAAGACGAAAAGGAAACAAAACCGGCAAUUAAAAAAGAACCAGCUUCAGCUAAAGAAUCAAAAAAAGUGGAAAUUCUCAAAGUAGAACCUCCAGAAGAAACUGCCGAAGAUGAAGAAGUCGAAGUCGAAACAAAGAGGGAACUUCGUAACGUUCCUGGCCGGGGUAUGGGAAAGCAUUGGGAGUUUGAAAGCGACACUGACAAUGAAGCUAUUUUUAUUGAAAAACUGCGAAUGAAAAAGAAAAAGUUGCAGAAACUAAAAGCCUUGCAAGCGAAAAAAGAAAAGAAAGAAAAGGACAAGGAUAAAGAUAAGGAAAAAGAAAAGCCUGCAGAAAAACCCCCAAAACCGAAAAAGCCAGUGAAACCUUUAAAAAAAGUGGUCAAAGUUAAAUUAGCUUCUUCCGACGACGGAAGUUCAGAGUCCAGUGAACAUGAAGAUAAAAAGAAACCUAUGAAUCCACCAGAGAAACCCGCAACUGAAUUAAAAAAGAAACGCAAACGGGAGCUGAAAGAAGAGCUAAUAGGUGAUUAUAAAGGAAUAUUGGCGCGAAAGCGUAUGGCUAGUCUGAAUGCAAGUGCAAUAGUUGCUGCCACUUAUGAAGUGGAGCGACAUCUUGAUAGAAAUUUCGCAUCUGAUUGUAGUAGCUUUGAAAGCUUCCCUGAAGAAGAGAAGCACAUUAGCAAAAAGUCAAAGAAGCAAGCAGCUGCUCCUCCCCAGCCCGCUCAAACAAAAGAUAUUAAUGACAUAAAAGAAGCAAAAGAAAUUAAAACGGAUCCGUCUGAAUGUUCAGACACUAAGGAUUCUUUAAAGGACUUUAAGGAAUCUGUGCAAGAUGCAAAGGAAACAUCUCGUCCCACAUCAUCUAGCUUGGUAAUUGUUCAGGAUACGGAUGUAACUAUAACCGGGGUUUAUGUUAAUCCCACAACGGGAUCUAGUCAAGAAGCUUACUGUAAAAUGCAAUAUCGUGUGCAAUCGAGUGUCACAGAAGAACGUGUCCUUCGACCGGGGUCUGUUGAACCACCAAAGUCAUAUACUCCGUUGGGUGCAUUGUCAAGCAUGCGUCCUCCUGGUGCUGCUACAGGAACUGAUGAUCGUUCUACACCACCAACAUCUGCCGAUUCUGCACCACCAAUAGUCGAAUCAAUAAAUCAUCCAAACAUUUACCAGCCCAAUGACUUGAGUCAUCACGACCCAUCAGAGCAUUCACAUUACUCGUAUCAUCAUCACAUGUCACCAUCACCAAUGUCACUACAUCCACAUCCUGCAGAUCAUGCAUCACAAAUACACCACUACGGUGGCCAUCAACCAGGAGCAGACCCUCCACCGCCACAGGCGCUGAGCGCCCAUCACUAUCACACAUCGCAGCAACCUCCACCACCUUCGUCGUCGUCGGCUUCAAUAUCACAGGGACGAUGUGAGUCACCAGUGCGCUAUGGCGGUGGCUAUCAGGCGCAGCAUCCAACUUUAUCCAUGACAGCUGGAGGUGGUUCGAGUGCAUUUUGUGCACCACCCAGUUUGCAGCAACAGCAGCAGCAACAACAACAACAGCAGCAGCAUCAUGACAUGAGCGGUAAGUGCGAAGCAUUGACUGAUUGGUGCGAACAACAUUUUAGAAAAAGUGGCUAUUAUCAACCGGCUGGGCCAUUGAUUUCACCACACGUUUUACCACCAGUUAGUGCAGCUCCACCACAAACAUCACAGCAACCAUCUUCAAAUCUACCACCAAUUGGUGCAAAGAGCAAACAAAUUCCAGCACCACUUGAUUCUGAUCCAGACCGAAGUCAAUUACCACCAUUAACUUCGUCUACAUCAACGGUGGAGAGCUCAGACAGUGAUGUUCUCAUAACUGGAGGUGAUUUGACAACAUUCCGCUACCCAGCACAACAACAAGGUACACCGCAAUCGCCAAGUGUUGCUUCACAGCAACAAAGUCAACAUCAACAACAGCAAUUGCAUCAACAAGCUGCAGCUGCAGCAGCAGCUGCUGCAGCAGCCGCAGCAGCCGCUCAUCAGGGAGCACCACCAUAUCCACGAUCAAUGCAUCAAAUGCAUUAUACGUCGGCAUAUCCCCCCAAUUAUUAUUCUCCCUAUCCGGGUGAGGCAAUGUGCUAUUCGCCACCCUAUCAACCAUAUUUCCCAGCCAAAGUAUAUCAAAGUGCACCGCCUCCUCCAUCGUACAGGCGUUAUCCACCGUAUUAUCAAUCAGGACCGCACUCGGGACCACCACCUCCAUCUGAUAUUUAUGAACAAUCACCACCUUCUGGGGGUCAGCCAUCACCAUCAGGACCACCGACGGGCACACAAUUGGUUCCAGCUGGACCUGGAGCGGCACAUACGCAGCAUUUGGAACACUAUCCAGGUCCGCCUGGUUACUAUUCGGGCUAUAGUCCGGGCGGCGGGGGUCAAUGCUACACCCGCAGCCCCUAUAUGGAAUAUCCACCACAAUGUCCAUGUCCAAUGCAACAGUCGUGUCCAAAAAACGUCCAUACUGGGCCUCAUAUUGGUAGCAACACCACCACCAACAACAAUACCAACAACACCGAAGCAACUAUCAACAGUACCAUCAGCAAUCCUACAGUUGCUACAGCAGCAGCAAUGGCACCGGCAGUUUCAGCAAAUAUAGUCACCGGAGCCGACAGUGCGAUCAGCAAAUCGGCUGUGACACCGAACUCGAAGAGUAACAGUAGCAAUAUGCUUCCAGUGUCAGCUAUGCUUAACAAUAGUGGAAUUGUAAAUGUUAACAACAGUAGUAAUCAGCAACAACAGUUGAAUAUCAGUAGAGGCCCAGUUACAAAUAAUACCAGCAAUACAAUUCAUCAACAAUUGGUCGUGGCGACAGAUGGAAGUGUCGGUCUCGAUGGCAGUGCCACCACCAACGCCCAUCACCACUUUUUGCAUCAUCCACACCACCAUACGCUUAUGCAUCAUCAUCAUGUGCAACCGUGUGAUGAAAUUGAACUUUUGAAACCUUUAAAGUCCGAGCUUAAGUCCGAGGAUAUAGAUGUCGAUUCGAAGAGUAGUCAGUAUGAGGAGGAAGUCAUACAGCCUCCUACACCGCCUUUAGCUUAUGAAAAGCCAGUCGAAAAGGUAGUGGCGCCGGAAGAAGAGUCUGAAAAAAUGGAUGCUGGCAAUAAUGAUGUCGUUUGCACCAUUGAAGCUUUCGAUCUUACGGUUUCACCGGCUUCUCCUAAAAAUUCUUUACCCAUACAACUUGUAGUCGGUAGGAAGGCCCGAAUAGGAAAAACUAUGGCUCGGGAAAUGGUUUACGCUGGAUCAGCUGCCAAGCACAAUCCAGUGCGAUUACAACAAAUUCAGCAAAAUCCAGUGCAGUUAACUACUCAACAACCUGCACCGCAAUCGAAUGGACUAAGUGACCCGGCUCUUAAUUUGUCUAGUCAUUCAAAAUGUAACAACAAUAUUGAUCACGAAAACGAAUCAUCUGCCAACUUAAUGCUGGAAACCAAAAUUAAGUCAGAAAAAAUCAAAACAGAAAAAGAUGAGGAAUUGACAUUAGUUUUAUCUCGUAGCCUCGAUGACAAAGAAUAUUUGAAUAAAAUCAAAACAGAAUUGGAAAAUUCUGAAGAUGUCAAAGUAGCCAGUCCGGAUUCGGUCAUAAACGAUGAUGACAUUGAAAUCACUAGUCCUACUCUGGAUGGGCCGAAGCAGCGUAUCAAAAUUCUCGAAUUCCACAAGAAUCAAUGUAAGAAAUCUCCACCAAACAGUUAUAAAAGCCUCAUUAAGCAAACCGAACCCAAGUCUUAUCUGUGCCUCAGUCGAAAGAUAGAAAAACGCAAUCGAUUUGGCAAGUUCAAAAAGUCCUCAAGAAACAGCGUCGUUCGCAAACGUAAACUUGUGCUUACAGAUCAGCAAAAGAAGAGCCUCAGAAUAAGGAAGAAAAAAUUGAUUGCAAUAGAACAAAGAAAGGAAAAGAUUCGAGAAAAGAAACGCCUUGCAGCGUUAGCACAACGUAUUGAAAGGCGUCAAGCGGCCAGAAAAGAGAAACUAAAACAAUCACUUUUACUUAAUAACAAUCAACAAGUGUUGAAUGCAAACGAGGCAUCCAGCGAUUUGAUUGCAAGAGGCUAUUUUUCAGAACCAGAAACACGGUGCACAUCUUCGUGUCCAACAGUUGGCCGCAAGUUAAAAAAAUCUAAAACGGCAGAGGCGCGUUCGAAGUCAGAAACCAAGAAACCAUCUUCAUCAUUGCUGAGAACAGAGCGAUUAGAAUAUUCUGCAUCUACCUCAAAAACAAAUAGAUUCCCAUUAACUUCAUCAGGAUCAGACAAAUCUAAAACGCACAAAAAACAAAAGUCCUUAACAGUAAACAGGAAAAACAAUAAGUUAAAAUUACUGUCAAUGACUCAACCAGAUAAUUCCAUAACUCCUGCCCCUUUGUCCGGAUGUGAUUUUGUUGAUCAGAAUAGAACGAUAAAUAUUGAAUACGAAACGAAUGCAAUUGCAGAUAAUAACAACUCUUCAGAAGCGAACAAUAAUGGUUGUUCAAAGAGUUCCCUUGCAAGUGCGGGCGCUUCAGGAAGUCCAGAGAUUUUAGGCGAUGAGGCUACAACAGAUUCAACACCAUUGAGUUCAAAUAACGCUACUAUAUCAGUUCCACAUCAACCGCCUUCUGAGUUUGUAUUUUUGCGUCCGGCAAUACCGAGAUUCAUAAGACAUAAUGGAACCAUGAAGAGAAUACGUUCACGUUCGAAAUUUGGUUGUCGUAAGAGACCAAAGCAUAAACAUUCCAUUUCGAUUGAGGUCGAUGAAACUAUUCAGCCAACGAGACCUGAUGUAGUGCCGAAAUGGAAUAACGGCUGGCGUUGGGAGGGUGAGCCAUUCCAAGGUGCUGUUUUUCUAAAUAGCGAUGAUCCACAUGUCAUAAGAACAUGUUAUCCUGCUAUGCGUCAUUCUGAGGGAGAUAUUAUCCGACCCAGAGAUUGUGUGCUGCUUAAGGCCAAUGAAGAUAAUGAAUUGCCAUAUGUUGCUAAAGUUGCCUAUUUAUGGGAGAAUCCAGAAGAUGGAGAAAUGAUGAUGUCACUACUAUGGUAUUAUAGGCCGGAACAUACUGAACAGGGCCGUUUAAGAAAUGAUUCCCCUGAUGAGGUUUAUGCAUCCCGCCAUCGUGAUCACAAUUCCGUGGCUUGUAUUGAAGAUAAGUGCUAUGUCUUGGUGUUUAGAGAGUAUUGUAGAUACCGUCGCAGAUUACGGGCCGCCGAGGAAGACAUGCAAGACGUUUCGAUCGUACCAAAAAGGCCCAAUUUCUUUAACCCACGAGCGGUACCAGAAAGCACAAAUCCAGAACUAGUUAUGUUCUGUCGACGAGCAUAUGAGUUCCGCACAAAACGUUUGCUAAAGAUGCCAAAUAAGCAUGACAAUGUCACAAGGAGUAGCAAUUAAGUUGUAUAAUUAAACAAAUUUUUUACAUAUUAUUUUCUUAUACUGUUUUUUUUUACAUAUAUAACUAAGAUAAGAGUAGUAUAAAGUGUUUAGGGUUAUUAAAAGUUAGAGCAAAACACAACAAAACUGAAAAGUACUAACAUUAAAAAACUACAUUUACCAGAACCAAGAACACACAAAAAAAUAUUGAAUCUUUAAAAGAAAAUCAAAAAACAAUGAAAAAACAAAAAUCAUUACAAAAUUUAUAUACCAAUAUAAUAUACAUAUAUCCCUUUAAACAAUUGACCAAAUAGUUUCAAUUUAUUUCUUGGUUUUAUUUAGCUAACAAAAAUAAAAAAUACAAACAAACAAAAAUAAAAACAAACAAAUAUUCUAGUUGGGAUAUUACAUAUCUUUUUUAUAUGAAAAAAUUAUACAUACAAUGAUAAAAUUUAUACAAAAACAAAAAGAAUUAUCCAAAAAUAUUAUCACGGAGUGAACAUAUUUAUUUGAUUUUUAUACAUUUUAUUAUUAUUGUUUAAGCUUAUUUCCUUAAAUAUUGUAUACAUUAUAAUAUUAUGUAUAUUUUUUUUUUCGUUUGAAUAUUUAAUAUAUUUAUUUAUAAUUGUUGGAA